AUGAUGUGCGCCGUCGCGGACGAAAGAUCCGUGCGGCAGGGCCUAGUCCACGCCUUCGUCAGCCGGUGGACAACGACGGCGUCGGCGUCGGAGGCCUCGCCGAUCAACGAGCUCGAGGUUAUGCGAGGCAGCGCGAUCGAGUGCACGCUCUUCUCGGCGAUGGCCAUAGGCGGCCUCAUGCUGGGGUGCCCCACGGUGACGGUGUCCCGCCACCUCGCGGCGGCGCGGCAGUGCCUGGGCAGGUUCCGCAGCAGGCUCUGCGAGCAGAGCGCCGUCGCUGCCCUUAUCCUGUACGGGCUGGCGAACGCUCUGCUGCCGCCGUGCGACGGCGACGGGCAGCGGGAGUACCGGUCGAGCAUGGACCACGCCGAGGAGAUAUUCGGGUCCCUGGAGCUGCAGGACCCCUUCGUCAACGCCUUCAUGAUGUACCGGGGCACGUGCGACAACCUCGUGGCCUUCAUGCCCGACACCUUGUACUCGGUGAACCCCGUCAACAUCUCGGGGAGGCGAGGAGGCGUGACGGCACCGGCCCAGGCCUCCACCAGUGGUGGCGGCGGUGGCGGAGAGGGGGACGGCGACCAGGCGUGGAAGACGCCAGGGGGUGCUACGACGGCGGGGGCCAAGCAGGGAGCGGACGCGAUUCGCGUGUCGUCGGCGAAGCCCGCUCAUCCCGCGUACGUCGUCGCAGACUCGAUGACGCUUGUCUUGCGCUUCGUGUGCAUGGAAGGAGAUGUGAGGACGGGCUGGGCCAACGUCCACGACUUGAUCAGCACGGAGUUGAGCCGACUUUUCAAGGAGCAAGCGGGCGCGCUGGUGCUGACCACCCUGGCGGGAAACCUGAUAGCAGCCAAGUCUAGGAUCGGCACGUCUGAAGGCAUGCUGCCGGUGGCUGAGAUGGUGCUUGCGAUGUUCUGCAAGUGCCCCGGCUUGUUGAGGCACUAUUCACUCCACAACGCUCACCUGGCGCUGACGGCGUUCAGGCUGUACAAUCGCAGGAAGUCUUUCGAUGCCCUGAGGGCUCUGGUCGUGGCGGCCACGGAGCAGGCGAUGGCCACGUUCGACGAGUUCGGCGUGGGCGUCGCCAUCUGUAGCACCGACGUGUGCUGGAUGUGCUCCGAUACGAUCUUCACGACGGGAAUUUCGCCGAGUUGCGGCGGUGGCGGCGGCGGCGGCGGCGGCGACGGGCGUAGAAUUUGCAGCAUCAGCAGCGUCAGCAGCGUCGGCAGCACCGGCGGGGGUUGCGGCGAAUCGGCGGCCCCGAGCUUGCCCGGUAGCGUGAAAGAGCUCGGCGGCGAGGCAGGAGAAGCUGCUACUCGAGGUCCGGGGCGACGGCAGCGCCCUCACCCUCGCCCCCACCCUCCUCCCUUGAGGCAGGCGUCAAGCCAGGGCAAGGGCCACGAUCUCGCCGCCCGCCCCCCGUUCUCACCUUACGUGAGCGACAGCAGCAGAGGCGGCUGCGGCUUUUCUGAGGUGACGGCGGGGGCGGCGGCGAUGACCGGAUCGGGCUCCCAGCGGCAGGAAGCGUGCCGAGGGCUUGCGGUCGCUACCACCAAAGAGGAGGUUUCGUACACGCCCAGGGCCGCUGUGUCGUCGCCGUCCAACAAUUCCGCCGUGGACGCGGCAACGUGGCGGACGGACGUUUGGGACGACAGCGCCGUCGCGGCGUCGGGGAAAGACCCGGCGGGCGUCUUGGACUGCUUCGCGGAGCCGCCGUCUACGUCGCCGUUCGGAGCAGCGGCGGCGGCGGCGGUGGCGGCGGCGGGAUUGGCGUUCCCCCUUGAUCAGGAAGAGAGAGUCGGUGGCGGGGGCGGGCAACGGCUGCUGCUGUACCCGCAACAACAACAGCAGCAGCAGCAGCAGCAGCAAGAGCUGGCCUUAAAGGAGCAAGGCCCGCCGACGGACCAAGGCAGAGGGCAUUUUUGUGGCCUCACCAUCGCCGCUGGGUGGGGCGGGGGCGGGGGCGACGGCCACCGACUGCAGCAAGGGCGAGGAGGGAGCGGCAACGACUCGCUGCCGGUUGCGGCGCCCAUGGGCUUGUCUUCCGGCGGCGUGGGUCUCGGGGUGACGGUAGAAACCUCCGCCGCGGCUCCUCCCCGCCGCCGCCGAUCCUUGUCGCCAAGGCACGGCGGCACCAGUGGUACGCCCAAGUUCAUGGCGGCGGCUGCGUCGGCGGCACCAGUUCCGUCGCAUGGCGGCGGCGUGGCGUCGUCCGAUUCGAGAUCGGGUUGGGAGCAGUUCUGCGCGGGCGGCGGCAGCGGCAGCGGCAGCAACGGCAGCGGCGGCGGCGGCGGCAGCGGUUGGACCCGUCGGCGAGACGCCGAGCUCUUUGACGAUUCGACCCCCCGGGACCCGUGGACGCUUGCCUCCGGAACAGCGGGAGGAAGGAGCCAAGCAGGAGGGGGAGGGGGAGGGAGGGACAGAAGCGACGGGAGUGUAUAUGGAUAUCCCCCGCUCCCGGGCCCUCACCACUCUCACGUCCGAGGUCGCCUCUCGGCCUCCUCGCCGGCCGGCGGUGGUUGGGCGGGCUCCGCCCGGGCGUCUCGAAACGAGGCAGCCGCGGAACAGCAGCAUGGCUUCUUGGACGCAUCGUCUUGGUGUGCCCCGGGCGGCGUCGACCAGAAUAUGCUGCAGAGCGUGCUGCCGCCGCCGUCGGCGGCGGCGGCGGCAGCGGCGGCAGCGGCGGGUGGCAAUGGUGGGCGUGAUUUCGUGAAGGAGCCCCCCCGGCGGUCCCUCUGGAAACAGGAAGGCUGCCCCCGCGGUAGUGAAUCGGACGAAGCAAUGGCGAUCAGAAUCGGCGGUGGCAGCGGUGGUGGUGGCGGCGGCGGCGGCGGCGAGCCUCAACAUUUUCGCCAGCUUCAGCUGGACGAGGCUGUGAACGUCGGUAUUGGCGGCGGCGAAAGCUGGGGGGCUGCUGUGCGUGGCGAUGAUGCCGGUGGCCGGGGACCGGUAGUCGGCGAUGGGACAGACCAACACCGACACGUGCGGGGCGGCGGUUGCGGUGGCGGCGGCGGUGGCGGCGACGGUGGCGGCGGCGAGGCAGGAGGGGCAGUGUGCGCUGACCUUGUCGGCAUGCUGCUCGAUGACUAGGUUUUUGUUGACAUAGAGCAAAAAAGUGGGGGGAGGUUGUGGCGUGUCGCGAUAGUUUAACUGCUCUGCCGCGGGGACCGCCUGCCAGUGGUGCUCGAAGCCGAGCGCUGCUGUUGCGCUCGCCACAUGAUUAUUGCCAAGGGAAGGCUAGGCGCGAGCGCCAUAAUAUAUCCAUGUUGGGACUGGGUGGAGCCUGUCUUGUGAUUUGUUCGCCAGCCCUCAAAACAUAAAAUUGGUUUUAAUUGUCUUGUUGUUCUUCCUUGUUCCUGUCUGUGCUCACGUUUUAUUUGCUGGUGAUGCCGACGAUUUCGGCGCUACGCGGUUUAUUAUCAAAGUUCGGGCUGAUAGGGGUGGUAGGCCAUAGGGGCCCGAACGUUGAGGUACAGCUGUCAAGCUUGUGACAUUUAACGCUUGCGAGCAAGCGUCCAUCUUCGGCGCAGGCAAACUUAGCGUGUGUGGUUGAUGUGGACGUUAAGUGGUCGUUUGGGGAGGUUUCGAGCUUGACUACCCCUUCCCCCCCCCCACCGGGGCUAAGCAUCGUGGGUCUCGGCACGUAUGCACGUUUUUGAUGCGGGCGCUCGAUUGUUGAAUGUUUUGACUUUUUGAUGGACAUGUGUCACCCCCUCACGAUUAAUACCUUCGUUGCUUUUACUACGGUACAUAAUAUUUUGGUUCGGGCCACACAGCAAGGACGGCGCCCGGAUUAUUGUGAGACUUCCGUGCUUUCCACGCACACGGAGCGAUGUUUGAGAGGGUAAAUAGCCUUCCCGGUACGAGAAUGGCCGUACUACUAUACAGCAGCCUUCUUUUUGUCGGCGUUGUGGCAAACGGGGUGGGCAAGCAGCCUUGGCCACUAGUACCCUCUAGCUCCGUGCAGUCGGGUGUAAAACGGACUUAUAGAGUUUCUUGGGUGUAUGUUGUUGCACGCCUCAGCUCGCAAGUACUUUACAGGUGUUUCGAGUGUCCUGAGGAUUGGUUUCGGGCGUAGUCAUGAGCGUCUGUCUUUUCUUGAGAAGAGGGCGAGCGGUGUGUUCAGUCUCCUCGCGGUGCGACUACCGGAGGAUCCUUGGGGGUGAAUGAGUGUGUGGUCAGACAGACAGCAGGCCGUGUGUCUCUUUUUUCAUCUUUGAAUGUACUUUGCCUGCUUUCCCCGCCGAAACAUCCUUGUGAACGUGAACGUUAUGGUCAUGUUUCUGUUCGGUUCGGCAAGCCACCUGCAUGGUCCCCCGUUUUCAUCGUUUUUUGUCUCAAGUGCGUUGACUACCGGUUCGAAUUGUAUCACGCCCCCCCCCCCCCCCCCCCCCCCCCCCCCCCCCCCCCCCCCCCCCCCCCCCNCCCCCCCCCCCCCUCCGCAACUCAGCGUGGUGGUGUCGUUGUAGUUGGUACAACAAGUCCCCCUUGUGUGCGCGCCUUCUUGUUUCCGUUAGCAGAGAGGUCGUGGUGUGUUGCUUCCUUGCAGCAGUUGACCGCGCCACCAGCAACGAACUGACGGGGCACAACUGCAAGCGAGUUAAGUGUGCGUGGUUUUCUUGCAUUCCGUCGUUGUUCUUUACUUGUUUUGUCGUUGGGGAACUUUAGCCUAGCCCCAAAAGUACGGUAGUUAUGUGUUGUGCGCCCCCACUGCGGGGGUUGUCAUUGUAGAUCGUUGAAGUACGGCAGGGAGGUAGAUGUGUUUCUUUGUAGGCAUCGACUACGCUACCCGGGUAACCGUUGAAAAAGAUGCUAGUCGUGAUGCGUCUGAGUUUGCGUGUGUUCUUUCUUCUCUGUUCUGUCUUGGAUGUGUAGCCCAGCCCCGGAAUUUAGUGGGUGUAUAUGUGUGUUGCGUUUUUACUCUUUUGAUUUGCGUUGCAUCGGGGCAGCUGGUCAACGUCAGCCAGCGAGCGGAGGACGGCCGUUGUUCUUGCUUGUGUUUUAAAUAGUACUUUCUGUUCCCGCUCCCUGCUUGUACUUGGUAGUAAGUCUGGCCCUAAAAAGCAAUCCAGCAUGUGUAUGUGUAUUUUCCGACGCUUGCUGUGUGGCGUUCUGAUGAAUGAAGUAGAUCAGCAAGGUGUGCGUGUGUGAUAUUCCUCUUUUUGUCUUGUAUAUGCAGUCGAGUCCGCGCCAUAGCUGGGCUUGCUGUGAUGCAGUUAUCUGUAUGUGCGAACCCAUUUACGUACUCUUAGAUAAUAUUUAGUUCACCACACGAUAUGUCACUUUUUCUUUUUCUUUUUCAAAGGAAAAACAGAUUGGUGCAGAUUGCGGGUGACCCUUCUUCCUGCUCCUCCCACGUGUCUACCAUGAAUGUCGGGUAGUGGGGGGAGAUGUGGUGAGCAAAUCGGCCUUGUUGGCUUAGUGUUUUUCACACAGACAUGAGUAUGUGCAACAGCAGGUGAGUGUUCUAUUGGUGUAGCUUUGUGGGGUAUGUUGAAAGAGACUAAGAUGUAGCUUGGAGGCUUUGGGGUCCGCCUGUGGGCAGGAGGGGGGGGGGUACUCGUGCAAGCGCAUAUGCCGUAGUCGGUAGACCGUAGACGUCGCACCCCUGUAUUGCCGAGACGAAGCGAAAUGCCUUCCGGGUUUUCGCCUGUCCAGGCUACGUUGACAAGGGUGAAUCAGAAGCUGGCAGUCAUCCUUCCUUGCGUUUGCUGUGCCAAGCCAGAUACAUUCCUGGUACAUAAUAGAUAUCGGUUACUUGGGCAUUUGCGCGCUCGUACGAAGCAGGCGCGCCACACACACGCGCGCGCGAACUCGUCGCUUGGUGUGUGAUGGAUACACUUGGGAGAGAGUGCAGUCUGGCUGGCGGGGGGACAGCAUCGGUCUUCUCUUGGUCUCGGUGCCACAAG